UGCGAAUGAAAAUGUCAUCACAGUAGUUUUUCGUAAUAAUAUAUAUAUACAGUUGCUAUUAUUUUAUUAUUACAUUUUCAUAAUAAUUACAAAUAUGACAUCAGCAAUAGAAUCUAUGGUAGUAGAUGAAAAACAAUUACCAGAAAAGCCGAUAGACAGAGAAAAAACAUGUCCACUUUUACUACGAGUAUUUUGCAAUACAGGCCGACAUCACAAUAUAAUGGAAUACAGUAGAGGAAACGUUCCUUCAAAUGAAUUACAAAUAUAUACAUGGAUGGAUGCAACAUUAAGGGAAAUUACAGGAUUAGUUAAAGAAGUAAAUCCAGAUGCUAGAAGUAAAGGCACAUACUUUGACUUUUCACUAGUAACACCAGAACUUCGAAAUUCUGGAUACCGUAUGCGUGAAAUAGGUGUUACUUGUUCAGGACAAAAGGGUGCAGAUGAUAAUAAAACACUUGCCCAAGCAAGGUUUACAAUUGGUGAUUAUUUGGAUAUAUCAAUAACACCACCAAAUCGACAACCAGCAAUUAGACGUGGUACACUACGUCAUUAUUGA